AUGGCUUCAACCAGUAAAGCAAUUGAUUCGGCGAUCAAGCGCCAGAAGAAGAAGUCGAUUGCAUGCCGGCGAUGUCACUCUCAUAAGAUUAAAUGCUCUGGAGGAGAGCCUUGCGUCAAGUGCCGGCAAGCAGGCUGCCCUGCCGCAUGUACCUACAUCAAUCGCGAUCGGCAGGUCAAAGUCCACGAGAGCUAUCUCGAACAGCUUACAGCGGAGAAUGAACGUCUACGAGAACAACUCUCACAAUCUCCAGGAGUUGGACCAUCUGAUGUGCAGAGCAAACCAGAUGCCACUGCGCCCGACCCCGACACUCAUGUUCAUAACCCAAUGUUGGGAAAGCUGGCUUGGUUCCAACCAUACGACCCAUCAGCCCCUCCGAUCCAUAUCGCCGAAGCAGCUUGCACGGCUUUCGCUACCCGACUGCGUCAAGUCCUCACCAAGGAUACUAAUACAUCCCACAUUACCCGAACACAGUACACAUCUGAGGCAACGUUGAUGAAGUUGCGCAACACGGAACUUCGAUGGCCCAGCCUGGCUCAAGCUCGUCUUCUCGUCCAGGUCGUCUUCAGUCAAGUGAGCAGGGUCUAUCACUUGGUGCUUCGAAAAUCCACCAUGGAUGAACUGGAAAACACGUACCGGAGGAGCAAUUUCGAUGAUCCAAUUUUGACUUGCAAGUUCUUCGCUCUGUUUGCUCUCGGGGAAGUAUAUUCGGUGCGGUCGAAUUCAAAUCCUGAGUGUGGUGUGCCUGGGGCUUCGUUUUAUGCGAAUGCGAUGAUGUUGAUUCCCAUUUUGCCGGAACGACCGAGCCUUGCUCACAUUGAGUCUCUACUGCUUUUGUCAUUAUACUCUUAUUUCCUGAAUCGUCGGCACUCGGCAUUUUUCUUGAUUGGCAGCGCCAUGCGCGUAGGCCUAACUCUUGGACUCCACCACAACAUCCCCGAGUGUCAAUGCCCCGACCCGGUAGAUCGACAGCAUCGCAUUCGACUGUGGUGGGCAAUUUAUGUUUACGAUCGCAUUUAUAGUUCCAAGGCUGGCUGGCCGAACCAACUUUCUGACGACGAUAUCAAUGUGGAGAUGCCAUCGACUAUACCCGGCGAUGCCUUCGAGGAACAAUUUUCAGACACGGAGUUUCUGAACGCUAGUAUUGCACUCGCAGGGAUCACUGGCCAGGUAACGGAGAAAGUUUAUAGUCGCAAAAAACAACCAGAUUCGUUCCUGCAGCGAGAGCAGAAACUGUUAAUGUCGCUCAAGCAGUGGUCCCAGGCUUUGCCACCGCAUGUUCGACUGAACCGUGAUGGACCACUCCCUAAGAAUGUGAUAUCGUUACAUCUUCAGUUCAAUCAGUGCAUCAUCUUGGCCACGCGACCGAUUUUGCUUUAUACUCUGAUCCAAUCGAGGGACGCCGGUCACGACAAAGAUCCCGCCCUCUCCAAUGCCCAGACACUCAAGACCCUGGGUGAUGCAUGUAUCCAUGCUGCAAGGAACACGCACUCGCUGAUCGUAGAUGAAUGGGCCAACGGAACCCUGCCGAUCUUCGGAUACUUUUAUGCACACUAUAUAUUUUCGUCUGCACUUAUCAUGGUGGUUUCCAGUCAGAUCUACAGCGACCAUUGCAAUGACUUUUCCCUUUUCGAGACGGCGUAUGAAAUCCUUCAUGCCAUGAGCGAUCACGGAAAUCUCGCUGCGCAAGAAUUCUACGAUAACCUCGACUACGUGCGACGGUGUCUUGACAUUAUCGUCGACCCUACUGACUCGCUCACUGACCCACGGAGCUCAGACCUACCAGGCCACGCCCUGUCCGAGAUCACGGCCCCCGGUAGUCUCACCGACAUGGAAUUUUUAGGCGCGAACAUGGAAGAAUUCCUAGCGCAACCCGAUGUCGAUUUUGGGCCACUGGACCCUUCGGGGGUGCCGAUCAAUGUGGCUGACGCAAUGUACUCGUGGCCGACGUUUUCCUUGUGGACUGCAUGA